AUGUUCCCUUGCCCCUUCCCCGACAAUGAUGCAACCUUUUCCAGCGCUAGCGAACGUCAAUGGGAGGAGAGAGCGACAACGUCCUUGAUCAAAAGACUUGAUAUGAUCCUCGAUGGAGACCCUGAUCUUACGAAAUGUGUCCAUUACCAUGGUCUUACGCCUACUUCUAUCAUCCAUGAUCACAAGGACGAGAGCGGACAGGUUCGAUUCAAGGAGUCUUUUGGAAGUGUCGAGGUUCUCGAGUUGGAUUUGACCAGAGAGCAUUGGAUCGAUUACGAAAGUGAGGAGCGUUUACAGUCCGACGAUUGUAACGCUCUUAGGCAAAGCAUAAAACUGGACCGUGGAGGACGUAGCGCUGAAAUGAUUCGGCGUUCUGCUCGCGGCGCUCAGAUCCAGAUUUGGGGGUGUUGCAUUGCCUCUCAAACAGUUGUUACGGUCAUUUAG